AUGUUUAACUCGACGACACACCGCGGCAACCCCAAUUUGGGGCCCGCGCCUCCUGGCCAGCCCAACCACCGCUUGAAUGAGAUCAUGGACCAGCUACGAGCCGAAUUCGAUAAUCAGUCUAGAGCCUCUGAGCAGGUCGAGAGCCAGGUCGCGCAACAGAUUCAAGAGAUGGAGCUGAUCCGUAACAAGGUCUAUCAGCUGGAACAGAAUCAGUUGAAGAUGAAGCAAGACUACGAGGCUGAGAUUCGUCUGUUGCGACAUGAACUGGAGCUACGCGGAGGGUCCCAGGUGCAGUCGCACCUCGGUGGCCCUCCUCAGCAUGCCGGUCCAGCACAAGCACCCCCAGCUCUAGGACACGGCCAGGGUGGGUUGUUUAGUGGAAUCAUGGCAAACCAAGGUCAAGGUGGUCCAGGGCUGGCUCCUCCACCAGAACAACCUCCUCCUCAGCAGCAUCCUCUGCAACCCCCUCCGCCAUCCGCACAACCCCAGGGUCCGCCGCCACAACCACCCAACUCCUUUCCCGGCUAUCAGCAGGGUCCUACGCUGAACGGUUAUGGGCCGCAACCACAACCCCCUACCAAUUCCCCGGGUCUUGGGAAGAAUCGAUCCAUGGCUAACAGAGGUGGACCUGGACCGGGGCCUGCAACUCCUCAGCAACAUCCAGGCCAACCACAGGCCAUGCCGUAUCAGAAUGACCCAAGAGCUUCGCCUCAAAUCCCCCGGCCUACUCCUCCAGGCACCGACAUGCAGCUUGGACCGCGUCAUCAGAUGCCAGGCCAAGGCCAGUAUCCCAAUGUCGGCAAUGUUCUCGCCGAUUUGAACCCGGAUGACCUGCCAGAUCAUCUCAAGCGGACCAGCGCCGAUGGCGAAUGGCAUGCCGUCUUCAAUCCAAAUGUUCCUCGUGUGCUUGAUAUUACUCUCUUGCACAAUCUUCAGCACACGUCCGUUGUCUGCUGUGUACGCUUCUCGAGCGAUGGCAAGUACGUCGCCACAGGCUGCAAUCGCAGUGCUCAAAUCUUUGACGCAAGGGACGGCCAGAAGGUGUGCGAGUUGCUCGACGAAAACGUCCAGGACAAGGACGGUGACUUGUACAUCCGAUCUGUCUGCUUCUCCCCCGACGGCAAGCUGUUGGCGACAGGCGCCGAAGACAAGAGGAUCCGUGUUUGGGACAUCGCAAGCAAGCGCAUCCGCACCACGUUCGAUGGACAUGAGCAAGACAUCUAUUCGCUGGACUUCUCACGAACUGGUCGGUUGAUUGCUUCGGGCUCCGGCGACAAAACCGUUCGCUUGUGGGAUAUUGAGUCAAACCAACAGGUCAUGGUGCUCUCGAUCGAAGACGGGGUGACUACCGUAGCCAUGUCCCCUGAUGGACGUUUCGUCGCAGCCGGUUCCCUAGACAAGAGUGUCCGGGUUUGGGAUUGCUCGAGUGGAUAUCUCAUCGAGCGACUGGAAGGGCCACAGGGCCACAAGGACAGUGUUUACUCGGUCGCGUUCUCCCCUAGUGGUCGGGAGCUGGUCAGCGGUAGCUUGGACAAGACGAUCAAGAUGUGGGAACUCACACCACAGCGAGGCCUUAUUCCAGCUGCAGCCGCGAAGGACGGCAAAUGUAUUCGCACCUUUGAGGGGCACAAGGACUAUGUGCUCUCGGUUUGCCUCACUCCCGGCGGCGAAUGGGUUAUGUCUGGGUCCAAAGACCGUGGAGUUCAAUUCUGGGACCCCAACACGGGUAAUGCGCAGAUGAUGCUUCAAGGUCACAAGAACUCUGUGAUAUCCGUCGCCCCGUGUCCAACAGGCCAUCUCUUCGCUACGGGAUCAGGAGACAUGAAGGCUCGCAUCUGGCAAUAUACCACAUGGCGAGGGGCGCACCAAGGACUCUGA